CGGAACGCGAAGCCGGAUUCACGGAACUUCCACCGGCGCUCAGACGAUGAGUGUGUGUGCGGCCGUAACGUUGCGCAAGACGUAAGGGGAGGGAAGAGACACCCGUCUAACGUCAACCGGUGGUGGUCAAUGAACAGCUUAUAAACAGAGGACGACUAAACUAAAGGUUCAGUCCUGAUAAUGAUAUUAUAUACGCAUUCUUCACCGGAAAUCAUUCGCUCGCAACUUGUCGCCAACAUCUCGAUUUAUAAAGUGAGUUUGUCAAUACUAGCGACUGAUGUAGCUCUUUAGACGACCGCGUUUUAAUGUGGAAAUGUUGCAAAAACGGUCGCAUCAGCAUAAGUACAUGCGGCUCCUACUGCACAUGUGCAGGAGUGGUGUUGCAGCUAUGUUUUGGUGAAUCAACAGGAGCAGCUGUAAAAUGGACCAGUAUACAAUACUUGGGCGAAUAGGAGAGGGUGCACAUGGAAUUGUGUUCAAGGCUAGACACAUUGAGACAGGUAAGACCGUGGCCUUGAAGAAAAUCCAGCUGAAGAAGAUAGAGGAUGGAAUUCCAAACACUGCUCUUAGGGAAAUAAAGGCAUUGCAGCAAAUUGAAGACCAUGAAAAUGUAAUAAGUCUCAGGGAACUGUUUCCACAUGGCAUGGGGUUCGUGCUGGCAUUUGAUUUCAUGCCGUCUGAUCUGACCACUCUAAUUCGAGAUACGCAGCAUCCUUUGAUGGAAUCGCAGGCGAAGUCCUACAUGAUCAUGAUACUGAAAGGAGUUGGCUACAUGCAUAACCAUGGUAUCAUGCACAGGGACCUGAAACCAGCCAACUUACUCGUGAGUUACACAGGACUGCUCAAGAUUGCUGACUUUGGCUUGGCACGUGUUUUUAGCAAUGACAGCGAUCGAAAUUAUAGCCACCAGGUGGCCACCAGGUGGUACAGGGCACCAGAGUUGCUUUACGGAGCUCGAAAGUAUGACGAAGGGGUGGAUUUAUGGGCAAUUGGAUGCAUAUUUGGAGAACUCCUAAACAUCUCGCCCUUAUUUCCUGGUGACAACGACAUCGAACAGCUUUGCUGUGUGCUGCGUGUAUUUGGAACCCCCAACGAGGACGUAUGGCCGGGUGUUACGGAGCUACCGGAUUACAACAAGAUCAGCUUUCAGGAGCAGGUCCCAAUUCCGCUGCAGGAGGUGGUGCCGAAUGCCACACCCGCAGCUGUGCUCCUUCUACAGAGCUUCCUUCGCUACCCAUCCAAGCAGAGAAUCUCAGCAGAACAAGCUCUGAUGCAUUUUUACUUCUUCACGGAGCCACUGCCGGCACAUCGGUCCGAACUACCAAGAGUACGGCACGACCGCAACCUCCCCAACCUCCUCGACCACAACUCAGACUUUGGCAUCGACAGGCCGCUUGCCGAUACCCUAGUGAAGCCAACGUCGCUGCCAAUCAAAUGAAAUCUCAGUAAUGAUGCCACGUACAUCGUUUGCUUCAUAAAUAUGACGUGACAGUGAUCGGGGUAAAUUUGGCAUUCAUAUAUCAUCUUACUUGGUGAUUAGUAUAGGAGUGUGCGAUUCAUCAUAGCCCACCCUAGUCAGUCUGUGAUUAAUCAGAAAUGAUUUUUAUAAUACACAAUUUAGUAUUUAUUAUCAAAUGCUUACAUGUACUUUGAAUCUGAAGUGUGAGGUAUUGAGCAUCGAGUGGUACAUUUAUUUAGCGCAAAAUAAUUUAUGACUGCAGCUGUGUAGUGUACAAUAUUUCCACUUUUACUAAAUUUGUCGGAUUUACAGUCCGUGUUCUUUACAUUCCUAACUGCCAUGCUUAACCUAAAUACGACACACAAUAUUAUGAUUUUCUUAGCUUCUCUUGCAGCACUACAAUGGCUGCAGGUUCACAUAAACUUACCAAAGUAUCAUUUCAACGCAAUCAAUUUUCUGUUGCUAUUUGGUGAUAUUUGUAUUUAUAUUUUCUUCUACCUGUAAAAAUAUUGAAAUAUUUUAAUUGGUUACUGGCAAAAA